GGGACGGCGUCGUAGGGUCAUAUUUGGCACUCGCGCUUUCGAGCUUCAAUUCAGCGAACCAACUCAACCUGAAUCGAACGCGUCGAUACAUUGCAACAAUAGAAGAAGUAGCAAUAACUCUGAACAAAACCCGUAGCUCCAAGUCCUAACUGCAGGAACAGAAAAAGAAUGACCCUACCCAUGGUUUAGCUUCAAACAUGGCUCACUGAACCCAACCAUUUCCCCCACAUCCAUUUCUGUUUCCGAUCCGAUCCAAUCCAAUGGCUGGGGCAGCUUCUGCUCUGUUCCUUCUCGACAUCAAAGGCCGCGUCCUCAUUUGGCGCGAUUACCGUGGUGAUGUCUCCGCCGUCGAAGCCGAACGCUUCUUCACCAAACUCAUCGAGAAAGAGGGUGAUCCACAGUCUCAACAUCCGGUUGUAUAUGAUAAUGGUGUGACUUACUUGUUUAUACAGCAUAGCAAUGUUUUCCUCAUGACAGCAACCAGACAAAACUGCAACGCCGCUAGCCUCCUCUUCUUCUUACAUCGUACGGUGGAUGUGUUUAAGCAUUAUUUUGAAGAAUUGGAAGAGGAAUCUCUUAGGGAUAACUUUGUUGUUGUGUAUGAGCUACUUGAUGAAAUAAUGGACUUUGGCUACCCACAAUAUACUGAAGCAAAGAUUCUUAGUGAAUUUAUCAAGACGGAUGCUUAUAGAAUGGAAGUUACUCAGAGACCUCCCAUGGCUGUAACAAAUGCUGUAUCCUGGCGCAGUGAAGGGAUAAACUACAAGAAAAAUGAGGUUUUCUUGGAUGUGGUGGAGAGUGUUAACACACUUGUCAAUAGCAAUGGACAGAUAAUUAGGUCUGAUGUUGUUGGGGCAUUGAAGAUGAGAACAUAUUUGAGUGGUAUGCCUGAGUGUAAGCUUGGGCUAAAUGAUAGAGUAUUAUUAGAGGCACAAGGUAGAGCAACCAAAGGAAAAGCAAUUGACUUGGAGGACAUCAAAUUUCAUCAGUGUGUGCGUCUGGCUCGAUUUGAGAAUGAUCGAACAAUUUCCUUUAUCCCGCCUGAUGGAUCAUUUGAUUUGAUGACAUAUAGGCUCAGUACACAGGUUAAGCCUUUAUUCUGGGUGGAAGCCCAAGUUGAAAAGCAUUCAAAAAGCCGGAUUGAGAUUAUGGUAAAAGCUAGGAGUCAAUUUAAGGAACGUAGUACUGCCACAAAUGUUGAGAUUGAGUUGCCAGUGCCUGCUGAUGCAACCAAUCCAGAUGUUCGGACUUCAAUGGGAUCUGCAUCAUAUGCACCAGAAAAAGACGCAUUAAUCUGGAAAAUAAGAUCAUUUCCUGGUGGCAAGGAGUACAUGUUAAGAGCAGAAUUUCGGCUUCCCAGUAUAACUGACGAGGAAGCAACUCCUGAGAGGAAAGCUCCUAUACGUGUAAAAUUUGAGAUACCAUAUUUUACUGUGUCUGGGAUCCAGGUAAGAUAUUUGAAGAUUAUUGAGAAAAGCGGGUAUCAGGCUCUUCCAUGGGUGAGAUACAUAACAAUGGCUGGAGAGUAUGAAUUGAGGCUUAUUUGAUAUUAGUGUCCUCGUUUGGUAUCCCCGAAAUAAUUGUAUCAUUCAAUGAUUAAUGCUCACAAAGCUGGUGGAUGGCAGAGGGAGUCUUUAGUCAAAUUAAAUAGAAUUUACUUGGCGGACCACAUCAGAUUAUAAGUUACACAUUGUCUAGAUAGUUGGUUUCAACUGAAAAUCAUUAGUUGGCAAGUGUGAGCCUGAAACUCUUGAAAAUCCCUUCGGUCAAAUCUGUUUUGAUUGGGAAAAUGAUUGGUUCUUUUCUUUUUUCUUUUUUCUUUUUCUUUCUUUUUCCCUUGGGUUCCUUUUCUGUAAUCACAAUCUGUCCAUCUUUUUCCACCGUCUUCAAAUUGUAAUCUGAUUUACGAUAUGAGAAUUGUUAUCUUUUGUAAUGACUUCUAGAGACCAAUUAUAAAUAGGGAAACAGUUGUGGCACAGCCAUUUAUGAUCAAUAUGUAUAUUUUAAAUACUUAUUCACAAAGUUUUAUAGACAAAUUAGAGAAAAGCGCAUGUGGAUACUUGAAACGGUUGCGGGACCUGUUGUUACCAUGGAUGCUAAUAAUUCUACAGGGCCCAAAAGAAUGCCUCAAAAGUUGAAGAGGUAGAAUGGCUUUUUGCACUUUUAGAAUAAUUUUAGAAGUUACACUAGCUAGUUAUGAUGAAAUAUACGAGAAAAUUCAUUAUGUUUCUUAUCUUACUUUUACAUCUCUGGGAAGCUACUCUGACCUUAAAUCAAAGCUUAUUCCCUUAUCAUUGGUUCAUUGGUCCUUUCGUUGAGAGUGACCCUUUUUUCCAUUAUGGAUGGAUUAUGGACUUCGAUUCAAAACUAACAAACUUGAUUAGCUCCUUCAAAAAAAACUCUUCGUUCUAAGUUUUUGUCACUUCCAAAUUUGACAAGAUGGUUUCUAGUGGAUCCACCUUGGAGAUGAGGUCUCUCACCUCUGCUUCCCACUUGGAUACUCAUUUUCAUUCACCAGAUUCUUUCGGGUCAUAAUGUCAAUUCCUUAAGUAGGAUGUUCCCUGAUUUGAAGGCACCAACCCUCUCGGUUGGAUUUUCAAGAUUACGUAAUUUUUUUAUUAUCAUGAAACCCUUGAAGAAUAGUGGUCACAAUUGUUUCCUUUUACCUAAGCGAAACAACUCUAACUUGGUUCCAAUGAAUGUAUUGCAACGGCCAAAUCCAUUUUUGGGCCUAAUUCUUGCAAGCUUUGGAGACUCGUUUCACCCUGUCAAC